AUGGAAGAGGCGAGGACAGCAAUGUUGAAGAUUGAGGAGACGAGAAAGAGCAAUAUGGGUUCAGGCUGUGUAAGAGGUGAACGAGUGAUUGACUACGGCAGGGAAUGCUGA